CACAAUCUCUAUAAAUAUACAAAGAGAGAUAGAGAGAGAGGGAGAAGACACAAGAAGAUCCUGCGAGUUGGAGAGAACGCAGAAUACUUCGUAGGAUACUCAAAUCCAGCUAUGGCAAUCUUGGCUCUUCGGGUCGUGGCGAGGGCGACCUUGAUGAGCAUGGUGGUGGCGGUGGCGGCGGCGCAGCUGCAGGUGCAUUUCUAUAAGGACUCGUGCCCUCAAGCCGAGCUGGUGGUGAAGAGUAUAAUGCAGCAGCGCUUCAACGCCGACCCGUCUCUCCCCGCGGGUUUGCUUCGUCUGCAGUUUCACGACUGCUUUGUCCGGGGUUGCGAUGCCUCGGUCCUCAUUGACAGUAGCGACAACAACGUGGCCGAGAAAGAUGCACCUCCUAAUUUGACCCUAAGAGGGUUCGAGGUCAUCGACGUGAUAAAAGCCGAGCUGGAGAAGGAAUGCAAGGGAAUUGUUUCUUGUGCGGAUAUAUUGGCCCUAGCCACCCGAGACGGCGUUGCCCUAACCGGGGGGUCGGCCUACGCUCUUCCCACCGGACGAAGGGACGGGUUGGUCUCGAACAUCAGCGACGUUAAUAUUCCCGGCCCGUCCUUCUCCGUUGCUGCGGCCACUAGUGCGUUCCAAACGAUCAACCUCACCCUAGAAGAUCUUGUUACUUUAUUAGGGGCACAUGCAAUGGGAUUUUGCCACUGCGGUUUCUUUGUGGACCGGCUCUACAACUUCAUAGGUUCCGGUCAAGCCGACCCGGAUAUCGACCCGCAAUUCCUUGGUGUCCUGAGGCAAAAAUGUCCAAGACCCGACAACAGUGUCCCGUUCAAUCUCAGUACCGACCCCAUAAUAGUCAUGACGCCAUCUUCCAGUACACCUUUCAAGCUCGACCCUUCGUUCUACAAAGGGGUCCUUCAGGAACAGGCGGUUCUUCAGCUGGAUCAAGAGCUCGCGUUCACCGACCUCACACGCCGGAUUGCAGCGGAUUACAUCAGCCGGCCCAACAUGUUCCGGCGGAAAUUCGCCAAGGCGAUGCUCAAGCUGACGAACGUGGGUGUCUUGACUGGGCAACAGGGAGAGAUUAGAGCAAACUGUAGGAGAUUCAAUCAACCAAAUCAUUGACUGAAAUGUUCUAUCGUUUGCAAAAUGAUAGUGUUGUAAAUGCUUUUCUUUCAAAGACAUGGAAUGAUGAAUCAUUACUGCUUAUUGGUUAUA